AUGUUUAUGGAAGUCGACUACAUCCGAGUCUGGCAAGACACAAAGACCAUGAGCUACGGUUGUGACCCGGCGUCACACCCGACGAAGGAGUUUAUCAAGGCCCACAUUACCAACUACACCGACCCACGAAACCACGAUAUUGUCGUUGCCGGUGGCGCGUCGUGCAACUCGAACGACGACUGCACCGCCGUCGCCAGUGUCACGGGUGCGUGUGUCGAGCAUCGGUGCCAGUGCAACGGCGUUUGGACGGGACCCCGGUGCACCAAGUACGAUCUCGAUACAGUCACGUACGGGCCAUCGGCAGGAUUGAUUGGCGGCGUCCUCGCUGCCGUCGCCGUCGCGUCGGUCGGAGCUCGAAUGUGGCGCCGCCGUCACGACCACGCCGUUCUGCAAAACCAUGAGAUCGAAGUGCGGCGCGAAAAGCGCAGCUCUUGCUCAGCCAUGGACGCCGACGCAGUAAACGAGCCGUUGGCUUGA